AUGGAUCAAGUCUCAAUCCCCGCCAUUGAUUUCAGUGUAUUCCAGGCUGGUCACAAUCAUCUUCAAGAGUGUGUGAGAGAUGAAUUGGUCAACGACGGAGUAAUAGAUCCUUUGUUUGAAUUGGAUAGUGAGGAUCUUGACUCUCUUUACUCUGUGUUUGACCUGAAAUAUCAAGAGAAUACAUCAGACAAACAUGUUCAACUAUCGGAAGAUCAGCAACAGAACAUCUCAGGUUAUUGCACUCAAAGUGAUGACUCUUCUUCCAACACGGACUUUCCCCUGCAGCCUGUCCAAAUUCAGUCCACCUUUGAAGCAUCUAAUAGGAUUCAGCCUCAAGUGCCAAGGCUUGGCAAUUUCCAUGGAGAGAAAACAAAUCCCAUUUCUUCAGCAUCGUUGGAGCUGUUGAACAAUUGUGGGAGAUUGUUCAAGAAAUCAAGCGAGGAAAAUUUGAGCAAUGUACACAUCAACGAGGCUCAUGUAGGUAACAUCCCUAAGUUGUCAACAGAAGAAAUCUUGCGAGUUGCUGGAGAAAGAUAUAUCCAGUACUCCACCCAAAGAGUAGAUGGUCUUUCUAUGUUUAUACAUCCUUAUGCUUCAGCACUUUCGGGCCUUUCCAUAGAGCAAACGAGGGACAUGGAACUCGUUCACCUCCUUCUAGCUGCUGCAGAAGAAGUGGAUCAGCAGCAAUUUCAUCUGGCUAGCCAAUCCAUUGCACGUUGCCUGUGGAAGGCAUCCGUCACAGGUAAUCCAAUCCAGAGGCUUUGUUUCUAUUUUGGUGAAGCUUUACAAGAAAGGAUUGAUCGAGAAACAGGAAGGUCCCCAAGUUUUGAACGAAAAUUAAGGGUUUUAAGCACUCUGGCAUUAGGUACCACACCUGAAGCCUUAACCUGCCACACAGAAAUUCCAUUCAGCCAAGUAAUGCAGUUCGCAGGAGUUCAAGCAAUAAUUGAAAAUGUUAAAGGUGCAACCAAGAUCCAUUUGGUUGAUUUUAAUAUCAGAACUGGAAUUCAGUGUACAGGCUUGAUGCAAGCUCUUGCAGAACAAUGUGACUGUCCAAUUGAGCUUCUGAAAAUAACUGCCAUUGGACACCAAGAAAAAGAGAAAAUCGAAGAAACAGGCAAGAGAUUACAAAAUUUUGCCAAUUCCUUGAAUCUGCCCUUUUCAUUCGAUAUAGUCUUUAUGUCUGACAUGAAAGAUCUUAGGGCAGAAUCAGUAAACGUUAAAGCAGAUGAAACUGUGGCUGUCUAUUGUAACGCUGUACUAAGGACAAUGAUCUGCAGGCCAGAGUAUAUGGAUAACACGAUCCGAGUAAUCAGAGGACUCAGACCAUCUGUAGUUGUUGUCUGUGAGGUGGAAGCAAACCAUAACUCACCUUCAUUUUUGAACCGUUUUGUGGAGGCACUUUUCUUUUAUGGUGUGCUUUUUGAUUGCUUUGAGGACUGCAUGGAUAGAGACAAUUUGGCUAGAAAGAGGAUUGAGGUAUUUCAUAUUGGUGAAGGUAUCCGGAAUAUGGUUGCAGCUGAGGGUGCAGAAAGGUUCACACGGAAUAUGAAGCUUGAUGUAUGGAGAGCAUACUUUGCAAGGUUUGGAAUGGUUGAAAUGGAACUCAGUGAGUCAUCUUGGUAUCAAGCAAAUCUGAUUCUCAAGCAGUUUUCCCAAGGCAGUUCCUGCAAUGUUCAAAAUGAUGGGAAGGCCCUCCUUGUAGGAUGGAAAGGAACAGCCAUUGAAUCUGUUUCUAUUUGGAAGUUCUUGUAA